UAAAAAAAAAAAAAAAAAAAAAAAUUAGUAGUACUACAUGUCUUGAUCACAACUCAAUACAGUAGUAGUAUUUAUUUGCCCACAGCUAGCCACAUGGAGUUAAAAUUAAAACUCUAAAAAUAGGCGCACAACACAACCCAUUCUUGUAGGAGUACAUUUUAUAUUAGCUCAUGCCUGGGAGUUGCGGUUAGUCAGAAUUAGAAGGAGGAAAGAGAAGAAGGGAAUUAGUUUUUUUUUUAAAAUUUGUUUUAGAGUUUUGAGAAUUCUUGGAAAUGGUGAAAAGAGUGAUGAACAUGUACUAGGCCUUUGGUUUCUUGAAUUCUAGUUCUAUUAUGGAACAAAAUAAUUGUUGUUUUCUUCAUCAUUACACAAGAAGACAAUGCCAAUGUUGUACACUAACACAACAAAUACAGACAGAUUUAGAGGAAGAAGAAACAAGAAACUGUUUCAAUUCCACAAGAGUUGUUAUGGCUUCUAGCUGUUCCAAGAUUUCACCAAUCAUUUCCAUUUUUGUUUUCUUUCUCUUCUCUGUUUGUUCUGUUUUGUCACUAGAAACAGAAAACUUCCACUUAGCCAACCAAACUUUUAAGCCAGGUGAUGAACUUCAGAAGAUGAAAAUGAUUAAAUCUCAUCUCAUGAAAAUCAAUAAGCCUUCCCUCAAGACAAUUCAGAGCCCUGAUGGAGAUAUUAUAGAUUGUGUAUUAUCUCAUCAACAACCAGCUUUCGAUCACCCUCAUUUGAAGGGCCAAAAACCAUUGGAACCACCUGAGAGGCCAAAAGGGCACAACUCAAAUUCUAUGGAAUUCGAAAAUUUCCAGCUUUGGUCCUUGUCUGGAGAAACAUGUCCAGAAGGAACAAUUCCAGUACGAAGAACAAAAGAACAAGACAUUCUAAGAGCUAGUUCCAUUCGAAGAUUUGGUCGAAAAAUUAGAAGACCAAUUCGUAGAGACACUACUAAUAAUGGCCAUGAGCAUGCAGUAGGAUAUGUAACUGGAGAGCAGUAUUAUGGAGCAAAAGCAAGUAUAAAUGUGUGGGCACCUAAAGUUACCAACCAAUACGAAUUCAGUUUAUCUCAAAUGUGGGUUAUUUCUGGUUCAUUUGGUGAUGAUCUCAACACCAUUGAAGCUGGUUGGCAGGCAUGUUCUUAUUUCUUUCUUCACUUUAUAAUCGAUAGAGUAGUAUAUUUCUUUUUCUGCUGUGCANUUCAGACCAAUAAUAAAAUAGCAAUUGGGGCAGCAAUUUCUCCAACAUCCUCUUAUAAUGGUGGCCAAUAUGAUAUCAGCAUCUUGAUUUGGAAGGAUCCAAAGCAUGGACAUUGGUGGCUGGAAUUUGGAUCAGGAGUAUUGGUAGGAUAUUGGCCAUCAUUUUUAUUUACACAUCUUAGGAGUUCAGCAAGUAUGAUACAAUUUGGAGGUGAAAUUGUGAAUAGUAAAGGAGGCAAUGGAUUUCACACAUCCACACAAAUGGGAAGUGGUCAUUUUGCUGGAGAAGGUUUUGGAAAAGCUUCUUACUUUCGGAAUUUACAAGUCGUCGAUUGGGAUAAUAGUUUAAUACCAUUGUCUAAUCUCAAAGUCUUGGCUGAUCAUCCUAAUUGUUAUGAUAUUCAAGGUGGGAUUAAUCGUGUUUGGGGUAAUUAUUUUUAUUAUGGAGGACCUGGAAGAAACCAACGUUGUCCUUAAAGAGAUAAAAGAGAGUAAAUGCUUCAAAUUUUCAUUUUUACUUUUUGGUUCUUAGUUUUCGGUGAUUGGGGUGUACUUUUUAUUCUUUUCAUUGUAUUCUUAAGCUUAACAAGUGGUCAAUUAAAUUAGUUAUACCACCUUAAACUAGGGGAGUCGUGUAAAUUUUGGCAAAGAGAAUAGUGAAUAUAAUAUAUAGUAUGUUUAUUGCUGUGUUAA